AUGUCCUCCGCCACAUACAUCCCCCUCACCCAGAUCUCUCCGCAAGAGUUUGCCUGGCCGCCCUCUCGCCGGCCUAGCCCCGCCUCUCUGCGCGCGCACCUGACUAGGAGGCGUGCUAUUUAUGUCCUCAUCGCCACCACCUCCGUCCUCACCUUCCUGCUUUUCCUCAAACUCACCCCGCAUCACGACGACCUCGACGAUGACUUUGAGUACUCCGAGGACAUAGGCACACACAACGCGUACAUUGCUAUCCCUGUGCCUGCCGCGCUUCCCCCCGCAACAUAUCCCAGACUCAGGCCAGUUCGGGACCUCCCUGCACACUGUCUCGACGCGUACUAUGCCUCUGGACAGCUAUGUCACGACUCCUACGGCCCAAUCCCGAUGGACGUCCUCUGGACCUGGGUUAACGGCUCAGACCCUCUCUUUGCCGACGCGAGAGAACGCGCAAUAAAGAGCUUCAAGCCGGAUGAUCCCUACCGGCCACUCAAGAAGAACAACCCCUCCCGCAUGUUCCGUGACCACGACGAGCUACGACACUCAAUCCGCUCCGUCCUCGCCAACUUCCGCCCCUAUACCAAGCGCUUCCGCAUCCUCACCUCGGACUUCUUCUACCCGGAGAAAGGUACCACCACACAGUCCUUCCCCGAUCCCGGUGCCGGAUACUGGCGACUCGGCCUGCAGCCCCAAUGGCUCGAGACCGCCGAUCAUGCAACGCAAUGGCAAGACGGGAACAUCCAGCUCUCCCUCACCCACCACGCCCAUUUCUUCGACCCGUACAACGAUACCAUAUUCAACAGUUAUGCCAUAGAAACCCAGUUUAGUCAUCUCCAGGACGUAUCCGAAUCAUUCAUCUACAUGAACGACGAUUUCUACAUGAUGGCAUCACUUACUCCGGUCAGCUUUUACACCUCCCCCUACGGCAUCGUCAUGCGCCUACAAGAAGGCCUGCAAGUCGGUCCCGACCGGCCCGGCCGCGGCGUCGAGGGCGAAUGGCGCAGCAUGGGUGAAUCGAACUGGCUACUCAGCAACCGCUUCGGAGCGCGCUCCCGACCUUACGUGGUGCACGAAGCCAAAGCGACGUCGUUUGCGAUCCUGCAGGAGAUCGCGCUCGUGUGGCCGGACGCGCUAGCCAAAAGCGCGACGCACGCGUUCCGCGAGACUGAGGCUGGGGACGGUGACUUUUAUCAGAUGUUCGUCCACGCGCACUACAUCGUCGAGCGCGCGCGCGAGGCGCUCCUGUGGACGUGGGUCGUCGGGCGUUUGGGCGGACUGGACGAUAGCUGGGGCGACGAGGAGUCGGCGCGGGCGUGGCAUGAGCUGGGCGGCCAGGAGGAUAAGGAGAUGCGUGUGGAGGCGUAUCCGCGCGAGACGCUUGACGCGGAGCGCGUCACCGCCAACCUGAAGGAGGCGGGAUAUGACACGAAUGUUCGGACCGAGUACAUUUUCUCAUCACUGGACGGAUAUGCGUACGGCCACUACGACAGGAAGGGCCGGAGCGGAUUCCCCUCGUACACGCUCGAUAACGCGCGACCACAGUGCACUAUCAAGCGGGAGGAAUGCUUUAUCGACGUGAAGGGCGCCGACGGUGGCGCGCCCCGUGCGAGCGACGUGUUCAAGCACAUCGCGUUCGAGCGGCCUGAAUGCGGCGACUGUGCUAUGCUUGCACUUGUCAAGGCCAGUGGUCCUCUCGGCCUCGGAGCCUUCCUCCCGCCGGAAGACCGUCGCGUGCACAUCGAGGAGCCCACACCCACUCCUGACGGCUUCAUCCCUCACCUUCCCUUGGUGGACGACUGGCACGACGGCAAGUUUGCGCUGCGGGAUGUCUUGAAAGAGGCGCACACGACAAACAUCCGCGACUGGUCGCUCAUGCUCCUCCAGCGAUACCGCUACGUUAUCGGCGAAACACCGUCCUCCUUCGAGCGAUUGCUCAGCUACCCGCAGGUGCGCAACACGCUCGCGGCGAUCGACAAAAAGAAGGAUCUCGCGCUGCUCUGCGUGAACGACGACGUCGGCAAGGACGACGCGCGCGUCGCGACGCUCUUCUACGACUGGCAGGAGAAGAAAUGGCCGCGGCCCGCGGCCUGGGAGUCGGACGUGUCAUGAUGCGCAGUGCGCGCGCCGUGAACACUCUUCUUGCAUACCCUUCGCCCGCCCCCCAUCGACGCUUUCGCGCGCAUUCUGUAUCGUUAUUGUCCGCCAUGCUUUGAGUACCUACGUUCUGCGUGUGACACUGACGGCACCCUCACCCCCUGCCCCGCACACUUAGUCAUCCUCGUACUACAUAUUACCCUCACCACCACCACC